AUGCAUCUCCGCAGUCUCAGAGGUGUUGCUGAUUCGCAAAACAGUCUAUACAACAACAACAACACCCUGUCCGACAUUACCAUCAAAUUCAAUGGUCAACAAAUCUGCGCACACAAGGCUAUCCUCGCGCAAAAGUCUGAAUACGUCAUGACGGCCUUCACUAGCAAGUUUCAAGCUGCGACCGGCGCAGAAGUUGACCUUGGGGACGAUGACGAUUCCGAAGCUGUUCACGCAAUGCUUCGCCACAUCUAUGGCCUGCCGUACAUCGCCCUAGAAAUCACGAAACCUAACUCUGGCUGCGAGGAAACUCUGAUGUUCUGCCUGAAUGUCUUCAUCGUCGCCGACAAGUACGAUGUCAUUGGCCUCCGCCAAAAGAUCGUCCCUGACUUCCUCCUUCUUCUCCAGGGUCACUGGGAAACCGAAAAGUUUGUGGAGUGUGUAAAAGGCUCUGUGGUCCUGACGCAAUCCAUCUAG